CCCGCCGGGCCCUCAGCGCUGCGGCCGAGCCGCGUGUCCCGGCCCGCAGCCCCUCGGCCUCGGCGCGGGGCUCGCCGCCAUGACGGGCAGUAAUAUGUCUGAUGCUCUGGCGAAUGCCGUGUGUGAGCGCUGCCAGACGCGGUUCGAUCCUGCCGAGAGGAUUGUCAACAGCAAUGGGGAGCUCUACCACGAGAACUGCUUUGUCUGUGCUCAGUGCUUUCGGCAGUUCCCAGAGGGACUCUUCUAUGAGUUUGAAGGUAGGAAGUACUGUGAGCAUGACUUCCAGAUGCUGUUUGCUCCCUGCUGUGGGGAAUGUGGCGAGUUCAUUACUGGGCGUGUUAUCAAGGCAAUGAACAACAACUGGCACCCAGAAUGUUUCCGCUGUGAGCUCUGCGAUGUAACCCUUGCUGACCUGGGUUUUGUGAAGAAUGCUGGCAGGCACCUGUGCAGGCCAUGCCACAACCGUGAAAAAGCUAAGGGGCUUGGCAAGUACAUCUGUCAGAAGUGCCACUUGAUCAUUGAUGAGCAGCCCCUGAUGUUCAGGAAUGAUUCCUACCAUCCAGAUCACUUCAACUGCACCCACUGUGGGAAGGAGCUGACAGCCGAGGCCCGGGAGCUGAAGGGGGAGCUGUACUGCCUGCCGUGCCACGACAAGAUGGGCAUCCCCAUCUGCGGAGCCUGCCGCCGGCCCAUCGAGGGCCGCGUGGUCAACGCUCUGGGCAAGCAAUGGCAUGUUGAGCAUUUUGUUUGUGCCAAAUGUGAGAAGCCAUUCUUGGGGCACCGUCACUAUGAAAAAAAAGGGCUGGCCUAUUGUGAGACUCAUUAUAAUCAGCUCUUUGGAGAUGUCUGCUACAACUGCAGCCACGUGAUAGAGGGAGAUGUGGUAUCAGCUCUUAACAAGGCCUGGUGUGUGAAUUGCUUCUCCUGCUCCACCUGCAACGUCAGGCUUACACUGAAGAAUAAAUUUGUGGAGUUUGACAUGAAGCCUGUGUGCAAGAAGUGCUAUGAGAAAUUCCCUCUGGAGCUGAAGAAACGCCUGAAGAAGUUGUCAGAGUUGGCAUCCAAGAAGAUCCAUCCUAAAGCUUUAGAUUUAAACUCUGCUUAAAACAAACAGGUCUGUCAGUCUCCUGACUGCACUCUUAACACAAGCUGUUGCUCACUGCAGCUUUUACUUACAGAAGCAAUUACUAAGAAGUGGAACCAAAGAUAAGUAGUACCUUCCCCUGCUUCUGGUGAUGUCUCUUGCAUCUAGACUGGCCCUUUUCUCAAGCAAUUGUUUAUUAACACUGGCAGGAAGAGGAGUAUGAGUUCUGCUUGAGCAGCACACAGGCUGAUUAUUAAUUUGCUAUUAAUGCUGCAUUUUGCCUUUGUGAAGUUACACAGUCCUUCCUUCCUCAGUUGAAUUGUUCUACUCUUUCCACUCCUCUAGUCUAAGGAAUUUGGAAAAAGUGGUUAAUCGUAGGGCUGGAAGAAAUGUCAGAUUUUCUCUUUUUCAAUUGGAAUAUCAGAAUUUUUCUUCUUACUCUGAGUGAAGCAAUUCUUAGGUUUUUAAAUAUAAAGGCAAAUAGUCUGAAAGUUGUCAUUCUUUACUACAUGUGAAAAGUUCUGGUCUUUCUCCAGAUUCCUACAGAGAAUAUAUGGGUGUCCUAUCCCAUAUCCUAGUCCUCCUGGUUUAAAGGUUUACUGGACAAGCCCAGGAACCAAUAGCUAUGGCAUCUGCGCUGCCCACUUAGGCCCAGUGUUAAGGCAGCUAAGUUUCCUUUGCUGCUCCCAUGCUCAGUACUAAGGAGAUUGCAGCUGUCAGGGCCACAUGAGCCUCUUCAGAAUAGUUGGGCUCUCCUUAAGGAGAAGGUGGCUAUGGGAAACUAAACAUUUUAUUAGAGCUGACACUAAUUUUCUGUUCUCUACUACAUGGCUGGUAGAGCUUCUACUGGUCAACACAAAGCAUGUCCUGUCCAUUGGAUAGCUGAUACUUAUUGAGGCAGUGUGGCUGGAGCACUGGUUACUCUUCUGCAUAAGGAAAUUGGAUAAA